GGUUACUUGAGGUCAUCCUUUAUGGUGCAUGACGGGAUUUAUUUUCAAAAUGGCGCCUCGACUUUCUACAUUUUGAACGUCGAUCUGCGGACUUUCGACAAAUAGUUCCCAGGAAAACAAGUGCCUCUCGUCAGAACUUCCAUAGACAGCACCGAGAGACGUCCCAUGUUAGACAGAAGCGACCAUGCCGCAGUUCAAAGACGCUUUCAUGGGCCAUUUUGGCUAUGAUGAGCUGAAGAGACACAUGAGACAAGCCAAGGAGUUCUGCAAUGAGAUUGGAACAGUGUUACAUGAAAGGGCAGAGUUAGAGCAGGCAUAUGCCAAAGGUUUGAGUAAGCUGUCCACCAAACUUGCCAAGGCUGUCAACACUACAGGCGGAACUCUGAUGACAACAUGGACAUGUGUGGCCACAGAGAUGGAACUGGAGGCUGAAAUGCACAGAAACCUGUCAUCAGCUCUGAAUGAAGAUGCCUGGAAGCCCCUGAAAAGUUUCAUAGAUGCCCAGUCAAAAACAAGAAAACCUAUGGAAACAACUGUAGAGAAAGCUACCAAAUCCUUGGGAGAGAGAAUAGCAGAACAAAACAAGAUGAAGGUGACCACAUAUCUCCAUGCCCGGGAGAAUGAAAGGCUACAGGAACAGUUGGAUGAUGUCAACAGUGGCAAAGGCAGAGUCUUCUCUGAAAAGGAAAUUUCCAAGCUGAACAAGAAGAAAAAGAAGGCAGAAGACAACCAACAGAAGAGUGAGACAGAGUACCUGGAUCUGGUGGUUAAAGCGGAACGUUCUCGCCAUGACUGGGAGGGGUCGGCGUACAAGUGCUGUGCCCUGAUGCAGACCCUGGAGGAGGAGAGGAUAAAGUUCAUGCACGAACUUCUCAACAAGUACAACACUUUCCUGUCAGACAUGGGGCCAAAGAUGGUGCAUAGUUGUAACAGACUGGGAGAGUCGGUGUUAUGUGUGGACAUCAGUGCUGAUAUAGCACACAUGAUAGAACACUACAAGACUGUGGACUAUGUACCUGAACAGUUACUGUAUGACUGCUAUGAAGAGGACACCACCAACACAAUGAAGACAGAGAGAAGAAAAUCUGCCCUUCUGAGGAAGUUACGCAGACUUGACACAGAGAUAGAUCGGGAGAAGAAGUCGAGAGAAGGCACGACAUCUAGUCAUGUUCCUUCUAAACGACAUUUCUUCUCUGCCUUGUUCAGAGGUGUGCAGCACCUCCACCAGGUGUACAGUGACAGACCAGGGUUUGCAGACUCUGAGGCUAAAGGAGAGGUCCAUCAGCAGUUAUUACAUUUGAAUGCCAUGAUUGACCUGCUCACAGUCAGUCAGCACAAACUGCAGUGCACACUUGCACUGCUAGAGGGCCACAAUAAACCAGAGCAUCCCCUCAGCCAGUAUAUAGAACAGCAUAGGGACAAACAGUAUGUGGGGACUGCCAAUGUUCACCUGAAGAGACUUCGGCGCCACUCUACAGGAAGCAUGCUUCUACGGAGCGAUAGCAUGUUGUUUCAGGGGAUUAUGCAUAGUACACUGAGGAUCCCGACGGUCAUCACCCUCGGAGCGACAGCCGGCCCCCCACAAGCGAGUGGAGUGUCCCACAGACAUGCCACGUUCAUGCCACAGGGAAACUCUGUACCCAUGAGGUCUGAACCUACCAGGAUGGAGACUAACUCUGUAGACUCAACCUACGAUGGCUACUCAGACAAUGAGUUUGAUGAUGGCCCUCCUGAGGUGAUAUGCCAGUGUAAAGCACAGUUUGCCUUUACUAGCAAUGAGAAAGAUGAGAUAUCCAUACAACCAGGAGACAUCAUUAAUGUACAUGAGAAGCUUGAAGACGGCUGGUGGUGUGGAGAGUUGAGGGGACAUUCCGGCUACUUCCCAGCUUCUUAUGUAGAAGAACUUCCUACAAGACAUGCCAGCUCCUCGGAAGUGUAACACAACUCUUGCAGCACUUGGGGCUACAUCUAGAUUUAUCAACAAAUCAGAAGCAUGUUUAACAGUAGCUGUUUGGCAGCAUGUGUAGCUGAGGAGUUUUUUGACAGUGAAACUGUUGUGCAUAGCAGCAAGCAUCUAGUAUAUUACAUUUUGUACUAUUGUUUAGGAUAACCAAGGAGGUUAAAACCUCCUUGGGAU